GUUUGUGCUGAUAGAAAUCCCAGAUAACCCGGUGGGAGUUUCGCCGCCUACUCCGGCAGCGGCCUCAACGACUUCCUCGUUCGGGUCGAGCAGCACUGCUUUUACUAGCAUUUUUGCGGCCAACCCACGACAGCCAUCCGAAAUGCUGCCGCCCACGGAACCCUUGGUUCUUCAAUCUGUAACGGCUUUGGGACGCAACUCCCUUUCUCUGUCAUCACCUCUCUACCUAUCCAGCAAUGGUUCCUCACUGUUCCCUACGCGCGACAAUGACCACUGCCAGUACGCUCAUCGACAGCCAACCAUUUCCGCCACUGCGUUGCUGCAAAGGGCAGCCCAAAUGGGUGCAGCUUCGUCAAACCCAUCGUUACUUCGCGGCCUAGGAUUCGCAGUGUCGUCUGCUUCCUCUGCCGGCCUAGACGCCGACGUGAAACUGGAGAGCAAUUCAAUGGCGGAUUCUCUCGGGCUGGGGCUGCCAUCAUUUGGAAGUUCUUGCUUUACUGAUUCAAUGAUGUGCUCAUCGGCGCUGUUUGGAAACAAACAGCGAACGCUUGAUCUUCUUGGCCUCGGCAUUGGUGCCGGGGAUACUUCGACAAGCGGACUGUCAGCUCUCCUCACCUCCUUCGGGGGAGGUGGGUUGGCCGCAACCUCAUAUGGAGUAGCAGGGGGAAGCUCGGCCGGAGAAACAUGGGAGACAGAAGUUAGAAAGCACAACGGACCAUAAAUGCUUUAGAUGAGCCUUUUCUCAGGUGGUAAAAUAUAAGAAAAAACAAACACCUCGUCUUGGUUAUUGGUAACUUUUUGUGAAUCUUCAACAAAAAAUGAAGUUAGAAUUUUCUCAGAUAAAGUCCAGUUAGGAAUCAGAGGAAGUAAUGCUAGAGUUGGACAUUAAUUUUUGCUUUUCUUUUCUCUCUUGAGGUAAAAUUCUGUAUUUUGAAACCCCAGGGGUAGAUAAAAAAAAAAAAAAAAU